UGUGCAUCAACAUGCCGUUUUGCACGCAUGUAGUGCUUCACGUUUGUCACCACAUGUUACAGACCCUCUGGAACCCCCCGUCAUCAUUUCUGGAAGCUGACGCGGCCCACAAGCCUGAGAACAGUGAAGGUCGCUUUUUCUCCACUCAGUUUACUAGUAACAAGGGCAUUUCUACUAGUAGCAAGAAGCUACUUAGUAGCUCCUGGCCUUACUAGCAAGAAGCUACCAGUAACAAGGGUAGGUUCUCCGGUGGGAAGCCCCGUGUUCUUCUCCUUUGCCUUGUCCAGGCCUUGUCUGGGUCUGCUUAUCCUGCUGGGCCGCGUUGUCAGCCCUUUUAUCGCCUCGUCGUCCGAGCCUUGUCCGGCUUCCCUUUUCCACCGCCUUGUCCGUGUGUGUUUUUCUGUCGCUGUGAGUGCAACAGUGAUACAGUGUUUCGAGUUUGAUAACGUCCGCAGAUUUUCUCUUGACAUCAUAUGUCCCCUCGCUUUUGCACAUGUGAUCCAGGAAUCAGGAACAAUAGGAAUAUAGUUGCUAUAUUCAGAAACUUCUAUGCUGAUGCUGGUAUAAUUUAUGGUUUCUGCCGCCCCCGUUUCUGACCUUCCACAGAGCUGUAUUGCCUCCGUCUGCAGAACAUCCUUGGACGUUGGCAGAUGCUGCUCUGGAAUAUGGACGUGACUUGACGAAGUUCUGGUGCGAGCUCCCGCAGCGCCUCCGCGAUCCGGAAGAGUCCGAGCCCGACAUUUUCAACGAGGUGGUCCAGUCGCCCCGUCGGUGCCAGCGCCACCAUCGCAUGCUUCGGAGCUAUGCGCGCCACGACUAUGUGGAGCUGCCAAGGAUUUUGGAUUCGGUCGGGUUGGGUGCCACGAUGGAACCUGUUGUUCUGGAUGUGGGCGGAGGCACAGGGACUCUGGCAAAGCUCAUCUUGGAGCAUUUGCAGAAGAGCCAUCCUGAGGUGCAGGUCUUGGUGCUUGAUUUGCCAGAGGUUCUUGCCCAGAUCGAGCCCUCCGCCGGACUUUGGCUGUGUGAAGGCGACUUGCGAAGCGAGUGGACAGUGCCAGCGGUGCCUUCCAUGGUGGUCAUGGCUCGUGUUCUGCAUGACUUCCAUGACAGUGCUGCUCUGGAGAUCUUAAGCAAUGCCUUCCAAACUUUGAAGCCAGGAGGGCAUCUUAUUAUAGUGGAGUUCGUUCUUCAAGAUGAUGGUGGAUCUUCUGGUGGCUUAUGUGACCUUCACUUGCUAGCUGUGACUGGGGGCCGUGAAAGAACGGCGAAAGAAUUGCAUUUGUUGGUGGAAGCAGCAGGAUUUGUAAACUUGGAAUGGCACGACAUGGUGUCACUUCCAAGUGUCCUUGCAGCAGAGAAGCCAACAUGA